AUGGGCUGCUUCCCAUGUGGUAAACUCGCGCCGGCGGUUUCCCACCUGAACGAAUGUUAUCCGCCGUCCAAACAGCUCGUAGCCGCCGGACCGGACUACAAGCCUCUUUCGCAGGACUUGAGCAAGCUUGUCUACUUUGCGGUCCACAAGCCAAGUCAGCUCGCUAAGAUCGGGGAGGAGCUGGAGGGGCGGGUAGGAAAGGAGGCGAGGGGUAGUUCGGGCGGGUACGCCAAGUCUAGAGCGUCGCUUCUGAUCUCCCUCGCUAUCCUCAAAUCCCUCAUCACCGAAUGCAAGCGCGACCUCAAGCUCUUCUCCCGGUCCGCCCUGCGGUGCAUUGUCCUCUCGCUCGAUGUCAAGGUGUAUCAAAAAGGCGGGCCGGACCUCGAGGUCAUUGGGCGCGCGGCGAGCUGCUUCACUGCCUUCGCGACGUACACGGACGGCGGACCAAUAGGGGUGGACGACACCCUGACUCGGGACUACGUCUCCGCUCUGACCAAGUUCGGGCGGAUGGCGGUCGACGACCAUACGGACGUGGAGAGUGGAACGGAGAAGGUGGAUACGGAGACGCAGAGGCGGAUGCGCCUUAUCGGCCUUGUAUCGCUCAGCGGGGCGUCCGGGUCAGACGCGCUCUUCCUCUCGGACACGACCUUCGCACGUCAAAUCGACAUCAUCGUCCCUGCCCUCUUGGCCAACCUCUUUGACGCGCCCAUCGACGAGGUCAAGCUCGAGACUGCCAAGGUCCAAAUGGCCGCCUCGCCCUCUCCGUACUCUUCGGACUUCUCGGCUCGGCGGCCGGUCAAUGAACGUCGGGCACCCUCACUGCGCGCGCAUAUGCCAGGGGAGAAGGGACCGAGCGGGUCAGCCAUCCUCGCUGUGGCGCUCAGGUCCCUCAAGGCCCUGGUGGGCCAGUGUCAGCUGAACCAGGCGUCUAUCCUCCUCAGUUCGGUAUUCGCCUACCUUGACAAGCGAGGGUGGACCGACGUCGAGCGGUGUUGCUGGCUCACGGAGCAACUCGCACACUUUACGUCGGUACAAUAUCGGUUCGGCGUCCCUACCCGGCUCGUCGAAUUACUGGCGGACCUCCCGGACUCGACACCGUCGGUCAAGCGGUCCACGCUACUCGGAAUGAUCACUACCAUCCUCACUUCGUCCGUCUCCCUUGUGGGCCUCGGCGUAUCCGAACUCCUAUCCAGCCUCCUCACACUCAUCAUCCGCCGUAUCCGCCUGAACGAGCGCGAUGCCCUCCUCCCCACACUCGUCCAGUACGUAGCGUCGCUCGGCGCACACAUCUACUAUGCGGACCAAACCAACGAUAUCGUCGAGGAGAUAUCGCAGCGGAUUGCUGAGAUUCCUGCCGCGGACAAGAGCCGGCCAGAGAUACUGCGGGUACUGUUACAUUGCAUCUUGGGCGUACUGCGUGUGGUACACGCGGCGGACGACAGGGAUGCGCAGAGGAACCCUCCAGCGCAGGUGGUCAGUGCGGAUAAGGGCAAGGGACCACAGGUCGGGACACCGGAACAGGCACCGCAGCCGCUCGCGGCGUCAAGGCGGAAUCCGGUCGCUCCGCAGGUAUGGCAAGAGACAUUGCCGCUCCUGUGCGAGUCGACUUAUGCGGUGCGCGCUGUCUAUGCCCGGGCGCUCUUACUGUUCCUUCAGCGCGAACUGCCAAGGGAGAAUAGUACGAAUCGGCCGGGACAUCUUGCCGCCACGCGGUUCUCCAAUGCCCUCCACGCGGCCAUUUACACCCUCGCCAUGUCUGCCUGCCUAGGGGCGGCUGCUCCAGCCGACGACAGCCCGGCGGCGUCGCACCCGGCCUCUCCGGUCCGCACGACCCACUCUCCCCUUCUUCCACCUACAGGCCGGGAUUCGCCCCCCAAAGGCGACUCUUUCAAUCUCACCGGACCCACACCAUCGGACACCCCUCCCACCGGCGCUGCCAACGGCACGCACACCCCACCCAAAGCCCAAUCCCAACCCCAGAAGCGUCGGACGUCCCGGCGCGUCUCACUCCCUCUCAAUCGCCUCAAUUCAAGCACCUCCACACCCCUCGUUUCGUUCGACAAUGUCGCCACGCCACUCGACUUUGGGUAUAUCGUCAAGAUCCUCAAUGCGCUGCAUGAGGCCAUUCCGGGCGUGGCUUUGAUGACGGGCGGGCCGAUGUUGCUUGCGCUCGAUGCGGAAGCGGCGACCGAGUUGGUCAGGCGGCAAGGGGACGGUAGGGGCGGAGCAUGGGUAUUGGAGCGAAAGAGAGGUGUGAGAGAGACGGUGGGGAUCAUGUGGAGGAAUGUUGGGAGGUGGUUGAAUAUAAGUAUGGUCGAGGAGUUGGCAGACAAGACGCUGGCGGGACUACCUGAACCCAAUGUAAUUCCUCAUCUUCCUGCGGUGGACGAAAGCGAUAUCCUACCUCCUCCCGAUGAGCCAUACUCUUUCCAGCAGCACAUGAUCGAGGGCGAAUCAUCCUCCGCUUCUAGGCCAUUUGUGGAUGCCGAAAUCCUCGUCUCUGCGUUGGCUGGGAAUGAGGGGGUGCAGAAGGCGACGGGGAGGGACGGGGCGGGGAUCAUGAGGCGAUUCGGUGGUGGAUGGACCGUUGAGUCUGCUCUGAGGGAUUCGGUCGAGCGAUUCACAUCCGACAAUGUCACCUCACCGGUUGAAGCCCACUCUGAUAUCGCCUCGGCAGUCAUGACAAAUCCAAAUGCGUCGUACCGGUCUAUCCCACGCGGUUCGCAUUCCAUAGCUCGGCCUGUGGAUAUCACGGAUCUCCGUGAAGCGUUAGGACAGGGUCAGGCCAGUGGGGGUGCGAGUUUCAUUUCGACGAUCGGGACGGGAGGGAGGAGUUUAAUUAAUGGGAAUGGGAAUGCGGAACAUGGAGGAGGAGGGGCAGGGGCAGGGAGCGGGUUGAGAUCGAAGGAGGAUGUGAGAGAGGUUUUGAAGGAUAUCUUUAGGGACAAGAAGCGGGGCGGGGGUGCGGGGAAGACUGUGGUGGCUGCUUGA